AUGCGACAAACGACGGCAGAUUUUGUUGCUUCCAGGGACGCUUCGGCCAGCUCUAUCUCUGCCAUAAGUGAAGGAGGGAAAUGCUCCCACAGAGACGUAGAUGGAAGAAAGGAAGAUAUUGCGAACGAGAAGCAUGAGAAGAACGACCCCUCAGAUUAUUUGACGAUAUUGAAGCUCGUAAGAGAGAAUAAUCAAUUAAGAAAGAAGUAUGAGGACCAAGACAUAGCCAAGAGGCAAUUGCGAAGUGAGUCUCAGAAGCAAUUGAAUGCUCUGAAAUCUUUGAAGCGACAAUUGAAGGCUAUGGAAGAUGCAAAGAACGACUUGUCACAACAGAUUCAAGACGUCAAUGGGGGGGAGGGAGGUCUCGAGCGAAAUGGAUUCAGAAAGGAGCGACUCGACCAAGAGAGUAGGAAUGAAAGUCAGAAGUGGUUGAAAGCUGAGAGGGGCGUGACGGAAUUUCGAAAUCAAGUGAAAGUAAGCAGAGUGGAGAGCGAAGAAAGAGCUUUGAAGCAGCAGCUGUUAAAAGCCGAAACUGAGACGGAAAUGCUCAAGAAAGAUAAUCAGCAACUGAAAGCACUUUGCAGCACCCUUGAAGCCAAGCUAGUUUCGACCCAUUCUGCAACAACCUCCAAACUUGAAAGUUUACUGCAACAGCGCAAAGCAGACAAAAAGGUAAUGAAAGUCAUCAAGGGUGAGCAUUCGACCUGUCAGCAACAAUUGAAACAUAGUCAAACAGAAGCUGAGACACUGAAGAAGCAAGUGAUUGCACUUCAGGCCUCUAAAUUGGAAAUAAGUGAAAAUUUCAGCAACCAAAAGAACCAGAUAUGCGACAGGACUUUGGAAGCAUUGCAAGAGCAAGUUAUUUUACUCGAGAAUGAAACGAAGGACCAAGAUCGAUUCAUCAAAGAAAGGAUACAGUCUUAUGAAUCAAAGCUCUCCAAACUACAAAACGUCAAUGAGACCCUUUCAGCAAAGGUGCAAUCUCAAACGGAUUCUGUCUCAAGACUGGACAAAGAAAAAUGUGCUGUUGAAGUAUUAUACAAACAAAUCAAGUCAUUAGAUGAUGAGAAAAAGGCUUUUUUAGAACAACUAGGGAACAUGGAGAAAGAGAUGAAGAAGUUACGAGAAGUCAAUAAGAACCGGAGACAUGGCGAUACUAUUGAGGGGCCACGAAAGGAGUCCAAUGAUCACGGUUGUGCUUAUGAAGCCAAAUUAGUCAUCUUGCAAAAGGAGAAUGAGUGGCUUGCUGCAAAAGAAAAAUUGCAGUCUUCUUCAAUUUUGAAGGCGGGAAAGGAGAACGAAAAGCUCCAAAAGCAGGUAAAAAGGCAGGGAGAAGCUAUGGGGCUCAUGCAACAACAGUUAGAAUCCCUGGAAGACGAGACUACUCGCCUGAAUCGACUGAAUGAAAAUGGCGACAUAGCUCACGCUGCAACACUAUCCAAGCUUUCUAGCGAAAAGCUCGCCAUGAAAAAUACAAUAAGAGCUCAAAACAAGGAGUUGCGCCAUUUGAGAACUUUGCGAGACCAGGUUUCUCCUGUGGAGAAGUCCCAGUCCGUCGAAGGGAGUGGCUCUAUGCUUAAAGCCAGGCUCUCGAAAGUUGAAAAAGAGAAAAGGGGCCUGGUAGCCAGAGAAAGGACACUCAAGAGUCAAGUUGCGCGUCUUAAGACCCAGGUUGGGGAAGGGGAAGUGGCGGUGAAGGAACUACAACUACAAUUGAAUGCUGAUUCAGAAAAGAGAGUUGAAGAAAUCAAUUUACAGUUUGAGAACAAAGCUCUACAAGAGCAGUCAGAACGACAGGAGACGAUGAUCAAAGAAUUGCAGACGCGGGUAAACGUAGUGAAGGAACUGCAAACUCGAUUGAAUUCUCUGUCAAAAGAGAAUCAGUUGCUUCUCGCCAAAGAAAAGGAUCGCCAGACAUCAAUAUACAAGCUAGUAGAAGAAAAGGACGACGUUGAAGCCAUCCGAAGUCGCCUGAGAGAUGAGAACGCAAAACUAAAAGAGCAGUCACAAGUACAGGUAUCGAAAAUCCAGAUACUCCAAAAAGAAUUGAUGGAAUCGAGGACCGGAAAACUUGAGGGCCAGAAAGGUAAUAAUGAUGAACAUCUGGAGACAUCGAGCGUUGAAACAGAGGCUGCCCGCACGAACACUGAAACACGAAAGGUAAAAACAGGCAAUUGGAAGAAAUACGCAGUCAACCUGUUCAAGGAACGGGAUCAGUUGCGACGUAGGGUCGAAAUAAUGGAGCAGAAGGCCAGGACCAAUACUUCGAAUGAGAAAAAGGUGGAAUAG